CUCAAGAGUCAAAGAAUGGUAAACGAGGCACAUAGCAUUAGUAUUGACAGCUGUCGUCUUCUUCUUCGUCCUCAUCGUUGUUAUUCCUCAAAAAGUCAAAAGGAUUCCGGCCCAUUUCCACCACCAAGGUAAACGAAGAAAAGCUGUCUUCUCUUCUUCUUACUAUGAUGAUAAUGAUCCUAAAUGAUCCCUGAUUAGAUGUCGACUUCGAUGACGACGGAGUACUAUCAGUUCGGGUCGGGCCUCACAAAAUAGACCCAAAACAAGUCUUUUACUCCACCAAUCUUUCUUAUGCUACGGUCAACCUCCGUCCCGUUCUUCUUGGUCAUAUCCUUUUCUGUCAAAAGUAUGAAUGAUUUUUUGAGAUUUAUCUGAACAGCAUCUGUUGUCUCAUUGGAAUUCUCUUGGGUGAACUGUUUGAGAAACAGGCAGAGCUGAAUUAAUUCAAUGUGUUAUUAUUUGCUUGGUGCAUUGAUGAAUUUGUGGACAUAGAUAUGCUAUUAUGCUUCUAUACUACAAGUCAAAAAGCUUGAAUAGUAGGAAAACCUUUCUGAGUACAUGCAUGUAAAUCACAGUAACAUUGUGUGCAUGCAGUCUGGGGUUUUGAAAACUUCAUGAAUUAUCUGCUUACUGGCAAUCAGUGUAUUCAUUCUCCAGCUUAGUUUAUGUUUCAAAAUACGAGUUACCUUGGCCUGGCUUGGGUUCUAAUGGUGGUCCUUUUAAGCAUUUAAGAAUUGGACAUGAAGCACACAACCUAAAGAAAAUAAUAGAGUUCGACAACCUUACACAAGUGAGUUGACUGAAGAGCAUACCGUUACUACCAUUAGGCCCAGAAGAUUAAAAGCACUUGCAAUUUGCAUGUCUCCAGCAUUUAUACAAUGACAUUGUAAGAAAACAUGGCAUAGCUGAUAAUAUCUCACGUGCUGCCGUCAUUUCAUGCAAGGUAAUAUGCUCUUAAGAUUGUUGAUCGAGUUUCUUGAUGUCUGUAUAGUUUGAAUCAAUAUAUCAUGAAUGAUACGCGUAGUUGAGUGUUCUAUUUUUUUGCCUUUACAUUUUGUACAUGUGCUUGUCUGUCCAAGGCGUGAAGUGAAGCGCUUUAUUGAUCUCAGUGCUGAUGAGACCAGUGAUUUAUGGCUCACGGCAAAGAAGGUUGGCAGGCAGCUUGAGAGUUUUUACAUGGCAACAUCUCUCACAUUUACCAUCCAAGAUGGGCCGCGGGCAGGGCAGAGUGUGCCCCAUGUUCAUGUUCACAUCAUCCCAAGAAAAGAUGGUGACUUUGAGAAGAAUGAUGAGAUCUAUGAUGCAAUAGACGAGAGUGAAAAGGAAUUAAAGAGGAAGCUGGAUUUAGACGAGGAAAGGAGGGACAGAAGCAUGGAGGAGAUGGCUCAAGAGGCAGAUGGAUACAGAUUGCUUUUCUCAUAGAUGAUGUAUCUAAGAGAGAGUUGUUGAAAGAAGGAAGUUGGAACAUAUGUGUUUCUUGAAAAUACAGUGCAUUCAAAUGCACAGACAGUCAUGUGUACUUUUAUGAUGUUGUGGUAUGGCGGCUAGACUUGAGAUGAAAUACAGGGAGUCGCUGAGAAGUCAUGUCUGUUGCUAGUAACUUAGUAGACGAUAAUAUCUUUUGUUUUUUUUUUUUUUUUUUAAGGUCAAAAUCAGAUGAACAACCAAUGGUUGGAGAGAAAAUUAGAGUUUUGUUUGUGAUACCA